GAUAGGCCCUGCAGGAGGAAGCACAACUUCCUUUCUCACAAACAAGUUACAGUACAAGAUGGCAAUGGCAAUGCAGCCUGUCUUCUUUCUCUACAUGUUGGUUCCAAUCACAGUGUGUGAUGAUGUUUUUAAGCUGGUUAACAGUUCUGUACAACUGGACAUACGAGAACAUUUUGAUAAGUCCUCCUCUAUUCUUUUCUGGACAUUUAAAAAUAAAGUCAUUAACAUUGUGAGAUAUAUUAGAAAUUCCCAGCCUAUAGUACCUGAAGAAUAUAAAGAAAGGGUGGAGUUCAAUGAGGAAACCUACAGUCUGACACUGAAGAACCUACAGAAGAGUGAUAGUGGAAUCUAUGAAGCAAAAGCAUUUGGGGAACGCAUUGUAACUGUCGCUACGUACCAGUUAAAGGUGCUGGAUCCAGUGGAGAAACCAGUCCUUACUGCUUCUCUCCAAAGUAAUGACACCUGUAAUGUGACUCUCACCUGUGAAGCUCAGAAUCUCUCAGUAACCUCUCACUGCUACAAUGAUAAUUGUGAUAUGAUGGAAAAGAAAACAUCUGGAGACACGUUUCCUUUACUCUCACUGUAUGUUAGUAAAAGUUUUAUCAUUUGUAAUCACAGCAACCCAGUGAGCUGGAAAAAUGACACUAUAGAGAUAAAACAUGUGAAACACCUCUGCCCUCCUGAAGAUGUAAGCAUGCACACUUACUGCCUGGUCUAAAUGUAAAUGAAAGUAAAAUUUACCUUCUAUAUUAAUGUACUAUUACUAAUUGAUAUUUGUGGUAUGAUUACAUGAUUAAGAUUGAACAUAUCUUCCUCUCCAUGCUAUGCUGUUCCUCACCAACCCUCUUCCCUAUGUUGUAUCACGCUGUCCAGAUCUCACCCUCAUUCCUUAGAAAUUCUAGAGUGUCAUUUUAAAGGGCAUGAUACUUGUGUAGGGUUAAAGUAUUCCUGUGUAUAAACAGAUUAUGUCUCAUGAAGCCUAUUUCUUUCUGCCUGUCCCUUUUAAUGCCCCUUUUAGUGUCUCUAGGCUAUAUUUAAUACCUCCCUAAUAAAAUAAAUGAAAGUAUUUCUUUUCUUAGUGUAUAAACACAUAUUGAAAAACCUGCUGCUUUAUUUCCAGAAAAUAAAAUUCCUAUCAUCUUUUCUCAUUUUUUUGUCAUGGACCAUUUUAUAUACAUAAACAGUCCAUAUUACAGUGUGAUGCCCAAUUUUAAAAGAUGAAAUUGUCUUCCUCGAUGAUGGCAAACCUUUUUUAACCUUUUACAAAUGAGAAUAUAAUUUUUACUGACUAACUUAAAUAAUCUAUUUGUCAGGAGAACGUGGACUUUUUUCUCUGUUCACUAUGUUCUCGUGCCAGACCACUAGAGGGCAGCCCUGCACGACCCUUCUGUUGUGUGAUUAAAUUCAUCAGUUUAUGAUGUUCACCUGUUAUGUGAUGUUUAAUUAGAUACCUGAUUUAACCUCUUUGUCUCACUAUGUCUUUGUGAAGCUUCUGUUGAUGUCAGUAUAUUUUUGUGCCUAUCUUUGACCCAGUUUUUGUGUAUUCCUGACUCUAGUGUUUGUUUUCUGUUUCUUAAUCUAGUAGUUUCUCUUGCACGGUAAAUAAAUCUCUUCAGCA